CGAUUCGUUAAGCACGUUCUACGAACGUGAGCCGUGAACGUGAAACCUUCCUUUUUCGUUUAUCUUCAUUAUGCCUGGUCCGUACAGAAGGAAGAAAAUCCAUUACGGCGAUCCUCUCAAAAAAAGGUGGAGGACGAAAAGAAGGAAAAAGGACUUGGACGAAAUCAAUGAUGAUUUACAAGCAGAAAAAGCGAGCCAGUUAUUAAAUCAAGAAGUUGAUCCCGAUAAAGCUGGUGACGCUCAAUUUUACUGUUUACAUUGUGCACGAUAUUUUAUUGAUCAGCAUGCACUAGAUGAUCAUUUCAAAACCAAGGUACAUAAACGAAGAUUAAAGGCUCUAGAACUGGAACCUUAUACUAUUGAAGAAUCCGAGCGUGCAGCAGGACAUGGAAGCUUUCAGCCUGCUAAGAAGAGAAAAAUAGAAACGCAAACUCCUCUCAAUUAGUAUUAUAACUAAGAGAAAAAAAACUAAUUGUCGCCUAAAAUGUUACUUUUGAUUUGUAGAGCGACUGCUCAAAAUUUCAUGCAUGUCCGGAGAUUCCCUGUUAAAAGUUUACAACGUUGUUACUCUUUGAACCCUAUUUUAAAAUUAGAUGAAUAUUCGCAAUGCAAUUCGCCCGAAAUGCUCGAAAGUAUGAAACGGAGGAAUAUAACGCUCGAUUUGUCUAAUUUGAAAGCUUUGACUCAAAGGUAUCAAGAUUUGAAUGAGAAAAAGGCCAAAAUUGAAAUUGCAAGAGGUAAAAUUAGCGAAGAAA